AUGUCGACUACGAUGGUGACACUGAUGACCAUCAUGUGGGGUAGUUCCAGCUCGUCACAGUCGGUUUCCGAGCGCUGUCUCGACGUGCUGUCCAUCCCGAGCGUCCUGGUCAAGUACGGACAGAAAGUCCACGGUGACCCCUACCACCCAGAGCUGAACCCAGACGGGAUUGUUGACCUCGGCACAGCAGAAAACAAAGUGUGUGAAGAGAUGCUGUCACAAAAGCUGACCGACCUGAAGGUAGAGAAAGAGGACACGAUUCAGUUAUAUUAUCCCGACCUGAAAGGUAUUAUAAGUUUUAGACGGAGGCUGAAAGUUUUCCUUCAGGAGAUGUUCAAUUCAGUGAAUGAAAUCAACACGGAGGAGUUGGUCGUCAUGAACGGAACCACGUCUAUACUGGAAGUUCUCGCCUACUGCCUGGCCGAGAGAGGAGAUUGUUUCUUGGUACCAAGUCCAUAUUACUAUCGCAUCAAGAACGAUUUUGAAGAACGAGCCGGAAUAGUGUGUUACGAAAUUCCUUUAUACAGUUCGAAGAUAGCUGGCAAAUCAUUUCAACUGAGUGGUUCUGCACUGGAGACUGCCUAUAGGCAGGCAAAGGACGAGGGUAAAUCCGUGAAGGGCGUGGUGCUGAUAAACCCGCACAACCCGCUGGGAGACGUGUACUCCAAGUCCGACCUCCACCGCUUCCUGCUGUUUGCCGCACAGCACCAGCUGCACGUGAUCCUGGACGAGAUCUACGCGCUGUCCGUGUUUGAUGAGCAGACGACGUUCAGUAGUGUCCUCUCCCUGUCCGUCCCAGACCCGCAGCGAACUCACUUCAUAUGGGGCUUCAGCAAGGAUCUCGGCCUGUCCGGCUAUAGGUGCGGCGUCCUGUACUCGAGAAACAAAGACGUGAUCCGAUACGCCACUCAAGUGGCCAUCUACCACCUGACGCCGCCCCUCGUCCAGCUCAAACUAGAGAAACUCAUCACAGACAUCGGUAAGUCUCACCCUCAUCCAGCUUAA